CACGAUUUCCGCAUUGGUAGUCAUUUUCGCGUUGCUGCGUUGGAGAAGGGGAGACUGCGCCACAGUUCUUGAAAAUUCCGAGGAACACGGGUAAAAUAAAAGCAGGAAUGGCACGACUACCUACAACAGCCGUUGCUCUGGUGGAAUCAAACCCCCAACCCUCCGGUCUCCAGCUGGUCAGUUCCUACAAAACUAACCGGAUGGGUGACCCCCACGAUCUAGUGGAACUGGCCACCCAGGUGCAGAAGGCUGAUGAGUUCACGCGAGCCAACGCGACCAACCGGCUCCAGACGAUAGCGGAACAGAUCAAGUUUCUACAGGAACAGGCGCGGAAGGUUCUGUUGGAGGCUAAGCGAGAUGCGGAAUUGCACCACGCGGCCUGUAACUUCAAAAAGAUCCCAGGGAAACACUACUACCUGUACAAGAGACAGUCUGGACAGACAUACUUCUCCAUGCUCAGCCCUACGGAAUGGGGCCCGACGUGUCCACACGAGUUCCUGGGCGCGUACAGACUGGAGUACGACAUGUCGUGGACGCCGUCGGACAAGGUCAGGCAGCGCGACGAAGACCUGUCCGCCAUCGACACGACCAUCGACAGACUCCUGAAUACGAAAGAAGCCAUCACGUGGGCCGCUGAAACAACCAAGCCUGAAGACAAGGACUGAUUGUAGUAUAGACAAGGGACACUUUUAUUUUAACCCCCGUGUACGCCUGUAAUCUAAAAAAGAUUUCGUUUUCUCUCACCAGUCAAAUGGUCCUUGGACAUGUAUACAUGUACAUCUUACUACCAUUGGCAUAUGUUUGUCUGUUUGCUUGUGUGUCUAUAGUUAUUUGAAUGCAGUAGAGUUACUGGAGGUGAUGGGGCAAUGGUGUAACCGUAGACUGACAGGAAGGUCAAAUUGUUAGCUGAAAUGGUCUCUUGCACGGGCUACAAGGAAGUGACGGAAUAUGCACAAAAUCAGCAAAAAUUGAUAAAACAAGAAAUUCACAACUCUAAAUACUUUGCAGUGUUGUAACUGCAACUGGUCAAGAAAGAGAUCAGGUAGCAUUGUAACAAAUUAGGUAAAAGGGAGCAUUAUUUGGGGCUGUUUUGGUGUUAUGGUCAACAUUUUAGUUGCUUUGUUUCUAUGAAACAGAUGUAGGGUGUUCUUUCUAUGCAAAUUACCUACAAGUGUUAAUAUGCAUAUAUAAAUAAAGGCAUCAUCUAUAUUGCUCAUCAGGUUUUUAAGGUAAGAUAAAAAUGCACAAACAAACAUUUGUACCCAAUGUAACAUGCCAACACAUUACCUGUGAAAAAUUUGUCAUACCAAAAGACAAAAGAUUGCUCAGGUUACUGU